ACAAAAACACACCAGCACACAGCUAACAAUGGCAGACAUUCCGGAAAAAAGUGAAUAUUACAAAAGGGAAAGACGGAAAUUCGCCUUGACCACCUACAUUCUGACCGCAAUAUUUUUGAUCGUGGCGCUGUUACAGUGGGUUCUUUUCUCCUUUGUAGGCUUCUUACGAUUAUUUUUUAUUGCAUACUAUUGGGUGAGCUGUAUUUUCUUUGGAUUGGGCCUAAUACUCCUCGUUAUUUUCAUUUUCUUUGAGGCAUUGCGCUUUAAUAAAAUGUUCAACUGGUUGUUUGCUGUGCUUAUUUUCGAAUGCAUUGUACUCGGAAUGGCAGCGUUGGUUGUUCGCCAUUAUAAGUAUCAAUUCCUUUUCGCGUUCCUUCUAUGGACCCUGGCUUUGGCUCUUUUCAUUGUGUGCGGUUCCUGUCUACCGCUUGAUCUGACCUUGAAUGUCGUUGUGCUAUUUGUCCUCGCUGUGGUUUCCAUUAUUGGUGCUAUAUACUUUGUGAUGCUUUAUAUCGUGGCCAAUGUCCCAUAUUCUUUUAUAGUUGCUAGGUGCUUCAUCGUCAUCAGCAUCUUGAUGUUUGUCAUGUAUCACGCGCAGAUUAUCAACGGUGGAAGGUUUGCUGAGAUGCGCACGAAGGACUAUUUCCUGGCAGCCAUCAUUUUAUUUCUCGAUUUCCUGCUUCUCUUCCUUUUCUCCUUUCAAAUGGCGCCAAAAUGGUCGGAUUUUUGUGAUCGCGAAAGGAAGAACAACUUGGCACUGUUUAAAGAAACAACUACAACUACGCCUCAUCCCAUUCUUUGGUGGAAUACGUAUACAUGGAGCUGGACGCCGGAUCUUGACUUGGAAACCACCACUGAAGAAUACACCACCUAA